GUCGACCGCCGGCAGUUCAGGCUUCACCACCGGACACAAAAGCCAGAUUUGGAAUAAAGCUUACAUAUACAUAUCUGCAAGCCAGUUCAGUUAGUAACAACUUAAAUAAUAGCCACCCUGUAGUGGCUGGAAUUUAAUUUCCACUUUGUUGCUGAAUGAACAAAAGCAAUUCUCCUGAGGAAAGAAAACACUGAGUAAAAUUCAACAAAGUCGACAAGGAAAUCAAGAUCUCAAGUUCAAGGAAAUAACCAUGAGGGUUGCAGCAACCGUUCAGUUCCUGUUGGUGCUCAUAGCUUGCAGUGGGCAUGCUGUUACCUGUAGCUUCGCAAGUGGAAACGAAACAGAUCGGCUUUCACUGCUUGAUUUCAAGAAGGCAAUCAUUCUUGAUCCACAGCGGGCCUUGAUAUCCUGGAAUGAGAGCACACACUAUUGCCAUUGGGAAGGCGUCUUGUGCACAACGAAGAGUCCACUACGUGUUGUCUCUCUUGAUCUUACAAGUCAAGGUUUGCUAGGUCCAAUCUCUCCUUCGCUCGGAAACCUAACAUUCCUCACAAAUCUGUCUCUAUCUAACAAUAGAUUCACUGGACAAAUACCUCAAUCCCUUGGCCACUUGCAUCAUCUGCAAAGACUCUACAUGAGUAAUAACACGCUAGAAGGAAUCAUGCCUAAUUUUGGAAAUUGCUCCAAUCUCAAGGCUCUGUGGCUGAAUGGCAACAAUCUAGUUGGGCAGUUUCCUGGUUUGCCUCCUCGUCUUCAAGAGCUGAACCUUGCACGUAAUGAUCUCACUGGAACCAUCCCUUCUUCUAUUUCAAAUAUCACAACACUAUUAACGUUUAAUUGCAUGUUUAAUAAUAUCAAGGGAAACAUUCCGAAUGAGUUUGCAAAGUUCCCUAGCCUGCAAACUCUGCUUGUUAGUCGCAAUCAGUUGUCAGGUAGGUUUCCACAAGCCAUCUUGAAUAUUUCUACUCUUAUUGCCUUGGGACUUACCGGGAAUCAUUUAAGCAGUGAGGUACCAAGUGAUCUAGGUAGCUCUCUACCCAAUCUCCAAUCGCUUACUUUAGCUGGAAACUACUUUCAAGGGUGCAUCCCACCUACUUUGAGUAACGCUUCAAAUCUUAAUGCAAUUGACAUAUCAGCCAAUAAUUUUACAGGGGUAGUACCUAGCUUGUUUGGUAAACUUACUCAACUGUCCAUGUUGAAUCUUGAGUUGAAUAAACUAAAAGCAAAUAGCAAGCAAGACUGGGAGUUUUUAAAUAACUUAGCCAACUGCACUAAGCUACAAGCUUUGUCACUGGCGUUUAAUCAACUAAAAGGGCAGGUACCUAGCUCAUUAGGCAACCUGCCAACCUGUCUGUUCAGCUUCAGCGUUUAUACUUGGGAAAUAACCAAUUGUCUGGUGGUUUCCCUACAGGCAUAGAAAACCUACCCAACCUAAUAGUUUUAGGAUUGGAAAAAAACCAAUUUACUGGAAUGGUUCCUGAAUGGCUUGGAACUCUAAAAAACUUGCAAGGAAUAGACUUAGCAAGAAACAAGUUUUCAGGACCUAUUCCAUCAUCCCUUUC